AUGGCAAAUCCAGCGCCGCCGUGGGUGGAACUUCCAAGGGAGUUAACGGCAAACAUUCUGCACAGGCUGAGGUUGAACGAUUUUUUCCAGAGCACACAGGUGUGUACUGCUUGGUGGAGGCUAUGGCAAGACCCCUACAUGUGGCGCUAUGUGGACUUGUGGAGUCGAGUAACUCAUCGGAAUCAACCACGGGACUGGGAUAAAAUUUGCAGAGAAAUAGUGAAUCGUAGUGAGGGGCAACUUAUUUCCAUUAACCUAGGGCACUUUGCUACUGAUGAUCUGCUCUUCUACAUUGCUCAGAGAGCAAAACAGCUGAGACAUCUUGGUAUUUUGAACAGCUAUGUUUCUGAUGAAGGUUUUAGUAAAGCUGUUAAUGAGUUCCCACUGUUGGAGGAGCUACAACUUGAAUACACUUUCAUUUCUAAACAAGGAAUUGAAGCUGCUGGACAGUCUUGCGCUUUCCUCAACUCAUUUUCCUUUCUCAAAAUAUCAAACACGGAUAAUAUAACUUAA